CAAGAACGAAUCGAAGAAUUUAAAAAUAGUUGUUAAACUGGAAUUGAAGAAUUGAUCUCAAGUAUUUGAUCUCUAUUAAAAGUACAAAAACUCUACAGGUUGAUAGAAGUUAAGAUUGAAAGUUAAGUUGUUGUGGAACAAUACAAACGUGAAAUCAAGAAUGGAAAGAUGGACGAUUUUCUGUGGGGUUUCGCAGGUCUUGAAGGGUUGUUCGAGUCAGUGGCAGCGAGCGUGACCCAGGACACCGAGGGCGAGGUAACCGAGAUGGUAGUGUCGGGGACAACCAGUGGGGGAGUGGUGCGGGUACAGAGGGGGUGGUCGGAGGAGAGCGGGUACAAGUCACACCCGGAGUCGGUGGCAGGACAUCCAACAAGUCCUUCCGAGGCGUCAGAGGUCUCCCUGACAGAACUGGGCAAUAUAAUCAUCAACAGUGAUUCCGUAGUAGGGACGCCGUCGAGGAUUCUGGGGACCGACGAGGAUCUCUCCAAGUUCCUGAGGGGCGCCGCCGACCAGGAGAGUGGAGCAGGGGAGAAGCUCGAGGUCAGUGAAGAGGAAGAGGACGAGAUGGUUCUGGUACCCUCGGACCCUCUGGAGUGGACGGCGCCCCACGUGGACGCCUGGUUGCGCUGGUGUACCCGCCAGUUUCGCUUGACUCCCCGGCCAGACCCUGCUCGACUCCCCAACACUGGUGCCGAGUUGGUGGCUCUCAGCAGGCGGCAACUCCAGCAGCUGACCGACAGCCCGCGGUCCGGCCGUCUACUGGCCACUCAUCUCGCUCAUCUCCGCCACCCUCGCACUGGACGCAGCCCCAGCCCUUGCUCCGAGCCGGAAGACGAUGGGGAUCCGUACGAACUGCUGAAUGCAGCGUCCAGCCGACUCGUGGCCCAAGGCUCUGGGCAGAUACAGCUGUGGCAGUUCCUCCUGGAGCUCUUAGGAGACCAGAGCAACUCCUCCUGUAUUGCCUGGGAGGGAGCUCACGGAGAGUUCAAGCUCACGGACCCCGACGAAGUGGCAAGGCGAUGGGGCGAGCGCAAAUCCAAACCCAACAUGAACUACGACAAGCUCAGUAGAGCACUUAGGUAUUACUACGACAAGAACAUAAUGACGAAGGUCCACGGCAAGAGGUACGCCUACAAGUUUGACUUCCACGGACUGAUGGCGGCCUGCCAAGCUCAGAAUCAAGCGUCCAGCUCGGGGGAGCCUCCGCCCUACAAGUACCAGUCGGACCUCGGGCCCUUCUACCCCCCUAGCGCCCCCGCCAAACUGCCGGCACUGCUACCGCCCCCCGCUCCUUCACAUCUCCAGCCGCCGCCCCCCUACUGGACCUUACCUCCACCCCCCAGAUACCCACACUACCCACCAAAUUGAGCAAUCUUGUUCCUUUAUUUGUAUUAUAUUGUUUUAGUUGUUAAUAAAGUUUUAAACAAA